AUGACGGCAGCCCUACAGUCCACGACUUCUUACAAAGCAGCAAGUAAGCCCAUCGCACCCAGGACUACUUCAAGGACAGUCCCCCUCUUCGAAGCGGCCCCGGUGAACUCAGCGAUAGGAGCUGUUGUAGUCCCCGUCGCACUGACAGUAACACUUGAUGAAUUCGUAGUCGUAAGUAUAAUCGACGAGGUCACCUUUGCUGUCGUCUCUGCCGCGGUCGUCGUCACCGCCUCGAUCGUCGUCUCCGCCCCAGCCGUCGUAGUACCCACCUCUGUCGUCGUAGCAUCCGACCCCGGCAGCGUAAAAUCCUGCCUCACCGCACACGUCGCCGGAUCCUCGCCCUUGACACGUCAGCCACUUCAACACUCACCCAUCUACAUGAACAAGACUCACAUUACGACAACAGAACCCCUCAACCGGCGCACAAAACUCCCCCGCAUCGCAGUACCUCCCGUCGGGGCAGCACACCGCGUCGCCCGGCAUGCAGCUCGUGCCGCAGCUCUGCUCGGUGGCGAGGCACGCGCAGCCGCCCGCGCCGUCGCACGCACGGCCCGAGAAGCAGUAGUACGUUUCGCAGCACGUGCCGCUUUGGGGGAUGCAGCCCGUGCCGCAGGGUUUGUUGGAGGCGGAACAGGUGGUCUGGCGUGGGAAGAGGGGGGAGUGGAGGGGGUGGGUUGAGAGGACGAGGGUUGCGUAGGUUAGGAGUGUGAGGGCGAGGGUCAACAUGGUGGGAGUGGUGGAGUGGUGGUCUUGAGAGGGUGGAUGGUUUGUUGGAUCGGGGGAUUCGGCGUGUGUGGUAUGGUGGAUUGGGGGGUUUAUGAUGGGCUUGUGUGUGUUGUCAGCUACAGGGCUGUGGGCCUUCGUUUUGCAUUAGUGACGUGGUGUUCGCCUGGGCCUGUCUUCAGC